ACCCCGUUUACCAGCCUGUUCGGCUCCGAGAGCAGAAUCUCUCGCUCUCUCUCUCUCUUUUUCUCUCCUCCAUCUUUCGAUCCUCUCGAGUCCAAAUGGCUCCCCUGUAGAUCCCACACUCAUCUCUACGUUAGGGUUUGUGCGAACGGAUUCGGAGACGGAGAUGAACGAUUCGAGGAUCGUGUAGGGCUCUUCCUCCACGGUGGGGGCGCCGCCGGGGGGUCGGCGAUGGCGGAAUCGGCCUCUCCCUCUUCGAACUCGCCCAGGGAGGACGAGCUCGCCGAUCUGAUCCAGCGAUUCGUUGAUUCUCUCGCCGAGUACUCGGAUCGCCUCCCCUUCGCCCUCGAUCGCCAGAAACUUCGAUCUUUCACAACACUUGCUGCUCUUGCCAUCACCUUAGUCUUUGCUUGGAAGCUGUUGAGAGCUCCCGCAGACCAACAAAGAAGGCCACGUAGACGACCUACUCCAUCUAUAAGUUCUUCUACCAGUAGAACUCGGUCAGGUACAAGGCCCUCUUCUGAUGUUUUCUUAUCCUCUGGGGAUUCUAGAGCACAAGAUGCAGUAGAUCAAUUCUUCCAGCCAGUAAAGCUAACACUUGAGCAACUUGUGAGGCAUAAGUUGUGCGAAGGGCGAAAGGUCACAUGCCAGUUACUUGGUGUAAUUCUUCAGGAAACUACUCCAGAGGAGCUUCAGAAACAUGCAACUGUGAGGUCGUCUGUUCUAGAAGUGCUUUUGGAGAUUACAAAGUUUUGUGAUGUUUAUCUCAUGGAGAGAAUUCUUGAUGAUGAAAGUGAGGAAAAGGUUCUUUCUGCAUUGAGUGAUGCUGGAGUUUUUACUACAGGUGGUUUGGUUAAAGACAAGGUUCUUUUUUGUAGCACAGAGAAUGGUCGUAUAUCAUUUGUUCGGCAACUUGAACCAGAUUGGCAUAUUGACACCAAUCCUGAAAUAAUUCAUCAAUUAGCUAGGUUUAUCAAAUACCAACUCCAUAUUUCGCCAAACAGAGUAGAGCGUGCGGCUUCAAAUGUAUUCAGCUCUGCAAGCCUGGAGCAGUUCUUUGGGGGGCUUGGAUCGUAAAUAGCAUAAAAACCAUUUCAUCAAGUUGUCCUGCUGUCCUGAGUGAUUGAACGUGGUAUUCAAGCGGUCUCUUCCCUUUGGGAUUAUUUAUGAAUGGAGCCUAUUUAUCUUUAAAGAAUGAACGAACUGUAUUCCUAGUGUGAUGUGUAUAUUUAAACUGUACCACUGUGAACCCGAGGUAGCGAACUACGGUGGUGGUCGUAAAUCUAUUUAUGUCACGUCCGAACACCUCAUCUGUAUCAGCGAUCUGUAUACUGGGAAAUCUAUAGAUAGAGGUUUUUAAUGUAUGCUUGGCUCA